CUCUCUUUCUCUCACUGUCUUUUUGUCUCUCUUUAUGUCUAUUGCAUUAUGCCUGAAUAAUUUUCAGUCUUUUUUUUUCCUCCCCUCUUGCACGCACAUGCUAAAAUAACUAGACAAAGAUGCAAGGUGGUUGCUGCAGUCUCUGUCUCUAGGACAGAACCAGGAAAGCUUGUGAUUGCAAUGCCACCUUUCCUUUUUUUUUUCUUUUCUUUUUUUUUUUUUCUUCCUCAGCCGUGCUCGGUGAUUAAACUUCCUCAGGAUGGGGAAGAAAAAGGAGCUGGAAAUGAAAUAGGGUUGAGGAAAAAAUCCCAUUGCAGCAGCUGCAGCCAGUGGUGUCUGCUGCCAGAUGUGCGAAGGUUCCUGGGGUCCUUGUCACUAAAAGGCGGUAUUCAAAUAUUUGGAGACAAAAGCUGCAUCCUCAGUGAUCAUUUUCUUUAUUUAACAUGGCAGCAGGCAUCGUGUGGGAAAAAAUCAACACGCUGGAUGUUGAAUUGGACUUUUCUCCUUUCUGGGAUGAAAGGAUGUUAUCUAUCCCGUGCCAAGAGGGAACUGAGGUGCAGGGGGAGGGGAAGAAAGUCUUCAAAACUAGCCCGCCAUGUGGCCGACCUCUGGCUGAAAUCUGGAGCUGUUACAGAAGAAAAGUUGCCAGGGUUUAUCUGCCUGUGGUUUAAACGCAGGGUGAAGUGGGUGAAUAUCAGACAGCUCAUUAUAGAGACAAGCAUGCUGCAUUCCCAAAGUAGGAUGACAGAACAAGUCAUGGAGUCAUGGAUGUUAAAGGAGACGUUAAUCAGGCUGCUGUGAAAGAUCUGAUACCAGCUUUGGUCAAAGGGGACGAGUGUCAUCCUGAGAGGGCUCCUCUCUGGGACAGGAAACAGAUGGAGCAAAGCCCUGAAAACAUACCACAACACUUCAUAUUCAAUCCACAGCCCUAUAAAGAGAUGAAAAAUGAGCCUUGUCCAAAGCUCUUAACUCAGCACCCAGUGGCAAAAAUAAAAUGUGGGCUUGGGA